AUGAAUACCUACCCUGGUGACAAAUCCAACUCAUCAAUACCUGGAUAUUUGAAAGUGUCUGCACUAAACAAUGGCAAUCUUUCUGCAAACAACUCAAAUGAAACGGCAAGCAACCUGGAUUCAUCUACCUUGGAUAUCAGUAGGGCAAUAAUUGUGGGGCUUAUCCUAGGUGCCUUCAUACUCUUUGCUAUUAUAGGUAAUAUCUUGGUAAUUCUUUCUGUUGCUUGCAAUAGACAUUUAAGAAUCCCUACAAACUAUUUCAUAAUUAACCUCGCAAUAGCAGAUUUGUUGCUGAGUUUUACUGUCCUUCCAUUCUCUGCUACACUGGAAAUCCUUGGCUACUGGGUUUUGGGGAGGAUAUUUUGUGAUAUCUGGGCAGCAGUUGAUGUGCUAUGCUGUACAGCUUCUAUUUUAAGUCUAUGUGCAAUUUCUAUAGAUAGAUAUAUAGGGGUACGUUAUUCUCUCCAGUAUCCAACUUUAGUAACAAGAAGAAGAGCAAUCUUAGCUCUCCUAGGUGUCUGGGUCCUUUCCAUGGUGAUUUCUAUUGGGCCUCUUUUGGGCUGGAAAGAACCAGCUCCCAAGGAUGACAAAGAGUGCCGUAUCACUGAAGAACCAUUCUACGCUUUGUUUUCUUCCUUGGGGUCAUUUUACAUUCCUUUAAUUGUCAUCCUUGUGAUGUACUGUCGGGUCUACAUAGUGGCAAAAAGGACUACUAAAAACCUGGAAGCUGGUGUGAUGAAAGAAAUGUCCAACUCCAAGGAGCUGACUUUACGGAUUCAUUACAGGAAUGUUCAUGAGGAUGCAUUAAACAGCACCAAAUCUAAGGGUCACAAUCCCAGGAACUCCUUAGCUUUCAAACUUUUUAAAUUCUCUAGAGAAAAGAAGGCAGCCAAGACGUUGGGAAUUGUGGUUGGCAUGUUCAUCUUGUGCUGGCUACCUUUCUUCAUUGUUCUGCCACUAGGAUCUCUGUUUUCGGCUCUGAAGCCCCCUGAAACCAUCUUCAAGGUGAUUUUUUGGCUUGGCUACUUUAACAGCUGCUUGAAUCCAAUCAUCUACCCUUGCUCAAGCAAAGAGUUCAAGAGGGCUUUUAUACAGAUCCUAAAAUGCCAGUGCCACCGUCGAAAGCAGUUGGGGUGGUGGGCCUACAGCUACAGAAACUGGAAUCGGUGCUCCUUUGAACACCCUAGGAAGGACUCUCUGGAAGACAGUGGGAGCUUCCUAAGCGGCAGUCAGAGGACAUUAUCUUCAGCAUCUCCCAGCCCCGGCUACCUGAGCAAAAUCACUCACCCACAUAUGGAGAUGUGCACAUUCCAGGAAUGGAAAAACUCCAGCCCUUUCCUGAGUCCCUUACAGGAAGGCAGCAGACAAAAGGACCCCUGUGAGUUCUUUACCUUCAAUCUAUUAACAGAGCGCAAUGGACACGUUCCUGCUGGCAGUCAAGCUUCCAGCAAUGGAGACCAUGAGGUCAUCUGUGACACAUUGAAUGGCAGAACUUACUGUAAAGCAAACAUAAUGCUGGAAUGA